CCCUCCGAAUCCCCUCAGGCUCGGCUGCGCCGAGGGCCGCCGGCGGGUUCCAGAGGUGGCCUCCGCCCCGGCCGCUCCGCCCACGCCCCCCUGCGCCUCCGCGCCCGCCUCCGCCCGCCCUGCGCCUCCCUUCCCCCUCCCCGCCCCGCGGCGGCCGCUCGGCCCUGCUCGCGCUUCGAAGAUGGCGGCGUUGAGUGGCGGCGGUGGCAGCAGCGGUGGUGGUGGCGGCGGCGGCGACGGCGGCGGCGCAGAGCGGGGCCAGGCGCUGUUCAAUGGCGACAUGGAGCUGGAGGCCGGCGCUGGCGCCGCGGCCUCUUUGGCUGUGGACCCGACCAUUCCUGAAGAGGUGUGGAAUAUCAAGCAAAUGAUUAAGUUGACACAGGAACAUAUAGAGGCCCUAUUGGACAAAUUUGGUGGAGAGCAUAACCCACCAUCAAUAUACUUGGAGGCCUAUGAAGAGUACACCAGCAAGCUAGAUGCCCUUCAGCAAAGAGAGCAGCAGCUACUAGAAGCCCUGGGUAAUGGAGCAGAUUUCUCUGUGUCUAGCUCUGCAUCAAUGGACACCGUUACAUCCUCCUCCUCUUCUAGCCUUUCAGUGCUACCAUCAUCUCUUUCAGUUUUUCAAACUCCCACAGAUGUAUCACGGAACAACCCCAAGUCACCACAGAAACCUAUCGUUAGAGUCUUCCUGCCCAACAAACAGAGGACAGUGGUACCCGCAAGAUGUGGUGUUACAGUCCGAGACAGUCUAAAGAAAGCACUGAUGAUGAGAGGCCUCAUCCCAGAGUGCUGUGCUGUUUACAGAAUUCAGGAUGGAGAGAAGAAACCAAUUGGCUGGGACACUGAUAUUUCCUGGCUUACUGGAGAGGAGUUACAUGUUGAAGUACUAGAGAAUGUUCCACUUACAACACACAACUUCGUACGGAAAACUUUUUUCACCUUAGCAUUUUGUGACUUUUGCCGAAAGCUGCUUUUCCAGGGUUUCCGCUGUCAAACAUGUGGUUAUAAAUUUCACCAGCGUUGUAGUACAGAGGUUCCACUGAUGUGUGUUAAUUAUGACCAACUUGAUUUGCUGUUUGUCUCCAAGUUCUUUGAGCAUCACCCAGUACCACAGGAGGAGGCCUCCUUAGCAGCGACUGCCCUUCCAUCUGGACCCUCUUCCGCACCCCCCUCAGACUCUAUUGGGCCCCAAAUCCUCACCAGUCCAUCUCCUUCAAAAUCCAUUCCAAUUCCACAGCCCUUCCGACCAGCAGAUGAAGAUCAUCGCAAUCAGUUUGGGCAGCGAGACCGGUCCUCCUCCGCUCCCAAUGUCCAUAUAAAUACAAUUGAGCCUGUCAAUAUUGAUGAUUUGAUUAAAGACCCGGGGUUUCGUGCUGAUGGAGGAUCAGCCCCAGGCCUGUCCGCCACCCCACCUGCCUCAUUACCGGGUUCACUCACUAACGUGAAAGCCUUACAGAAAUCUCCAGGGCCUCAGCGGGAACGGAAAUCCUCCUCGUCCUCAUCCUCGGAAGACAGGAGUCGGAUGAAAACACUUGGUAGAAGAGAUUCAAGUGAUGAUUGGGAGAUUCCUGAUGGACAGAUUACAGUGGGACAGAGAAUUGGAUCUGGGUCAUUUGGAACUGUCUACAAGGGAAAAUGGCAUGGCGAUGUGGCAGUGAAAAUGUUGAAUGUGACAGCACCCACACCUCAACAGUUACAGGCCUUCAAAAAUGAAGUAGGAGUACUCAGGAAAACUCGCCAUGUGAACAUCCUCCUUUUCAUGGGCUAUUCUACAAAGCCACAGCUGGCGAUUGUUACACAGUGGUGUGAGGGCUCCAGCCUGUAUCACCAUCUCCACAUCAUUGAGACCAAAUUUGAGAUGAUCAAACUUAUAGACAUUGCACGGCAGACUGCUCAGGGCAUGGAUUACUUACACGCCAAGUCAAUCAUCCACAGAGACCUCAAGAGUAAUAAUAUAUUUCUUCAUGAAGACCUCACGGUAAAAAUAGGUGACUUUGGUCUAGCCACAGUGAAAUCUCGGUGGAGUGGGUCACAUCAGUUUGAACAGUUGUCUGGAUCUAUUUUGUGGAUGGCACCAGAAGUAAUCAGAAUGCAAGAUAAAAACCCAUAUAGCUUUCAGUCAGAUGUGUAUGCAUUUGGGAUUGUUCUGUAUGAACUGAUGACUGGCCUGCUACCUUAUUCAAACAUCAACAACAGGGAUCAGAUAAUUUUUAUGGUGGGACGAGGAUACCUAUCUCCAGAUCUCAGUAAGGUACGGAGUAACUGUCCAAAAGCCAUGAAGAGAUUAAUGGCAGAGUGCCUCAAAAAGAAAAGAGAGGAGAGACCACUCUUUCCCCAAAUUCUCGCCUCCAUUGAGCUACUGGCCCGCUCAUUGCCAAAAAUUCACCGCAGCGCGUCAGAGCCCUCCUUGAAUCGGGCUGGCUUCCAAACAGAAGAUUUUAGUCUGUAUGCUUGUGCUUCUCCGAAAACUCCCAUCCAAGCAGGGGGAUAUGGAGAAUUUGCAGCCUUCAAGUAGCCAGUCCAUCACGGCAGCAUCUACUCUUGAUUUCUUAAGUUUUGUGUUCAUACAGUUUGUUAACAUCAAAAAACAGUUCUGUUCCUCAAAUUUUUUUUAAGAUACAACAUUUUCAAUGCAUAAGCUCAUGUGGAACAGAAUGGAAUUUUCUAUUCAACAAAAGAGGGAAGAAUGUUUUAGGAACCAGAAUUCUCUGCUGCCCGUGUUUCUUCUUCAACAUAAAUAUCACGUGCAUACAAGUCUGCCCAUUCUCAAGAAGAAAGAGGAGAGACCCUGAAUUCUGCCCUUUUGGUGGUCAGGCAUGAUGGGAAGAAUUUGCUGCUACAGCUUGGGAAAAUUGCUAUGGAAAGUCUGCCGGUCAACUUUGCCCUUCUAACCACCAGAUCAGUUUGUGGCUGGUCAUCGGAUGGGGCGAUUUCAAUCACCAAGCAUCAUUCUUGCCUGUCCUGGGGUUCCUUGUGGAACACUUUCGCUGUCCAGCACCGUUCAUUCUGAGGGAUGGAGUAGAUGCAGCAUACCCUGUGUGGGGCUUGUCCAGUCCUCAGCAGACGCUGCCACAGUGAGGCUCUUUACUCAGUGGUGGGCAAGAGCUGAGGACAGGCUGCCGUGGGGCAGAGAGGAGGGGGUGCUGCAUCGUCCUCCUCACCUCGCGCUCAGCUCACCCUGGUUGCCUGCUCCCUGGGCCCCGCCUAACACUCAGGCUGCUCAGUGCCGGCUCACAUCACCUUCUGUUCUCAUUGGGUCCAGCAACUGAGGAGAGGGUUGGGGGAUUGCUUCCUCACAACGUAGCGAAUUCUCAGGAAAACGCAGUCCAUAUCCUCUCAGCUCUCCCAGUUCCCAGAUACAAGGCUCCAUUGUCCAGGACAUAAGACGCCAUGGAUGACACCUGAUUAAAAGCCCACAAAACUGCUUACUGACAGUUUUGAAUAUGAGGCAUUUGUGUAAUUUAAAUGUAAGGUACAGGUUUUAAUUUCUGAGUUUCUUCUGUUUUUAUUUAAAAGAAGAAAAUAAUUUUCAGGUUUAAUUGGAAUAAAUGAAUACUUCCCACAAGGCUAUAUUCCCUGAAAAUUAUAUUUUUGUUAAUUGUAAACAACUUUUAAAGAAUAAUUAUUAUCCUUUUCUCUACCUAAAAUUAUAGGGAAUUUUAGCAUAAUGACAAUUAUUUAUACUUUUUAGGUAAAUGGUACUUGCUGGAUCCACACUAACAUCUUCUCUAACAAUCCCAUUAUUUCUUCCAACUUAACUCCUACACUGCAUCCUGCAUCCUCUUUCUAGUCUUUAUCUAUAAUGUGCAACCUAAAAAAAAGUGCUGGUGUCUUCUUCCUAUUCCUUUUUUUCCCCAAGCCUGGUCUUCAAAAGGUUGGGUAAUUUAGUAGCUGAGUUCCCUAGGUAGGAGUAGAACUAUUAGGGUCAUUGGAGUUGUGUGAAAGCAUGAGGCCUGUUCCCAGUUGUUCUUACAGGACCCAAAAUCUUACCUUUGCACAGAUCCAAAAUAUAACCUCAUCACAGCUUCCUUAGCCUUUACUUAAAGGUAAUAUAAAAAUCAUCAUAGUAGUAAAGGAAACAACUGGCUGGAUUGAUGGCCAGGACUUCUCUUAUCCAGGAAUCCUGAAUCUUCAAGAAUUAAACAUGCAAAUUAAAGGAGAUGUACUUAGCAACUUCAAGCCAAGAACUUCACCCCUCCCCCCAAAAAAUACUAUCAAAUCUAAAAUAAAAUGAAAUUUUGAGUUAUUUUUAAAGUUCAAAUUGUAAUUGAUACCACUGUGUAUUUAAGCCUACUCACUGCAGUCAAAUGAAUUUUGCUAAACUCAUUGCCAGAUGGUUGUGGUGGUAGUGUGCACCUUUAAUCCAAGCAACUCGGGAGGCAGAGUGAUCUCUAUGAAUAUAAGGCCUGCCUGUUCUGCAGAGCUAAUUCCAGAAUAACCAGGGCUGCAACAACAACAACAACCAAAAAGAAAAAAUUUUUCAAACAAUAAAAGUUAACUAAAAUGUCAUCAAAGGAAGGCCUACUGGAAGUUUUAUAUAUUCCCAGUAAAUUGGAAAAUAUUCAGAAGUUAUUAACCAGUUAGCAAGUGUAUUUUUAAGUCUUACAUAAAUAAAGCAAAGUCUUAAAAUUUUUCAAAGCUGAGAAGAUAAUUGUGCUUGAUACGAAAAAUAGACUUUGGCCACAGAUGCACAUUUAGGUCCUGCUGAGGAGUGAGAGCCUUCAAGGCUUGCCCUGGUGGAGGACCUCCUCAGCGCUGGGGGUGGGGCCAGCCCUCAAGGAAGGAAGUUAGCAUGUGAGUGGCCUAGAUAAGAGGCAAAGGGACAGACUUCUUCCUCUCAUUUUAGUAUAGAAUGAUGUCUCACUUGAAAAGGGAAAGUAGGGUUGAUAUUAAAUGAAGCUGUGCCCAGAAACCAGGCUCAGGGUAUUGUGAGUUUUGUUUUUUUUUUAAAUAGAAGAAUAUAAAAAAAUAAAUAUUUAAACCUUCUUUCUUGUUUUCUAUCAAAUAGUUUUUUUUUUUCUUAUCGUGUACAAACAACAUAAAAAGGGUUUCUUUUUGUGGGGUUUUCUUUUUCUUUUUCUUUUUUUUUAGACUGCAGAUAAUCUUGUUGAGCUCCUCAGAGAAUACAAGGAAGCCCUUGUUUGUGCAGAGCACUUUAUGAGUAACUCAUAGACAGAAUGUAGGUGCCUCGUGAGGUCUUUUAAGGCUUGAGUGUAACUAUAUAGGACUGUUUAACUAGGUAGGAUUCCUGAUGGACUUUUCACUAUUAAGCUACAGGACCCAAUCUCUACCACUAAGAUAUUAUUAACCUCAAAAUAUAGUUUAUAGAAGGAAUUUGCAAAUAGAAUAUCCAGUGUGAUCAUUUAUACUUAUAUGCAUCUUCAACGAAGAUUCUUUGCAACUUGUCAGAUUCUGGUUCCUGAACAGCCCGUUUCUAUAUUUGAGGUUGAGAGGGCAUAAUGAAGCAUCCUAAAAGACAAUCUGAUAUAAACUGUGUGCUAGAUUUAUGCUGGUAUAGGAGAAAGCAUUCUGUAGAGACAUGGUUUAAGACUGCAGCACUGUCAACUGGAAACCUUGUAAAUACUUCCUAUCUUGGUGCAGCCCCGCCCCUUUUAUCACGUGAUGCUGUCUUGUGCUUGUCAGGCACCAUCAGAGCUGCUGUGCAUCCCUCUGCAGAUCUCACCUGUCCCCACUGCACACCCACUCCAGCCUCUUGCAAACCUCAGCUUCUAGCUUUAGUUGGAAACACAGUUCAGGGUUCAGGUGACUUCUUCGGGGGGCGGGGGGGGGGAACCUACCUCCUCAGAAUGAGGUAAUGAAUAUUUAUUUUAAAGUGUGAAAAGUCGGGAGCUCUAGAACAUGAAAAUGAGUUUUUAACUUCUAUGUGUACUUGUAGUUGAGCACUCGUUUUUGUCCUAAAGGGCAUUGUACAUUUAAGCAGUGAUACUGUUUAAAGAUGUUUUUCUUUAAAGUUGUAGCUCAGAGUAUCUGUUGUUGGAAUUGGUGCCAGAGUCUGCUUAAUAUAUUUUAGAAUCCUAAUCUUAAGUCAGUCGCAUGAAGUUAAGUAGUUAUGGUAACACUUUGCUAACCAUGAUAUAAUUCUACUUUUCAGUAGUGGGUUUGAUUAAACUGUAGGCCUUCAAAGUGAGUUGGCCACAGCUUUGUCACAUGCACAGCUACUCAUCUAAAGAGACUGCCCAGCUAAGAGGGUAGAAGGAUACCCUACCCUUUUUCAUAAGAUUCUCUUCUUUGUCCACGUUGGCACUGUUAGUACUAGUAUAUCAGCACCUUGACCAGCCGAUGUCGACCAAUAAGCUAUUUUUAAAACCAUAGCCAGAGAUGGAGAGUUCACUCUGAGCAGAAACAGCAGGAAGCUUAGAGGAGUGAAACCAUGUAGGGAGGCUCUAGAAAAAUAUCUUGACAAUUUGCCAAAUGAUCUUACUGUGCCUUCAUGAUGCAAUAAAAAAGCUAACAUUUUAGCAGAAAUCAGUGAUUUAUGAAGAGAAUGGCCAGUCUGGUUUAACUCAGCUGUGAUAAUAUUUUUUAGAGUGCAAUUUAGACUAAGAAGAUAAAUGCACUAAAAAGUUUAUAGCCAAUUCACAUUUAAAAAAUAAAAAAAUGGUAAACUUUCAGUGAAAUAUUUUUUUAAAGCACAUAAUCCCUAGUAUAGCCAGAAAUAGUUACCACAUAGAGCAACUAGGCCUAAAAUAUAGUUGUGACAUUUCUAGAGAAAUCUUUUCUACUCCUACAGGCUCUUCAAAGCAUGGAACUUUUAUACAAAAUGUUGGACAUUUUAAGACACUGCUGUAGUUCCGUUUUGAAUCAGUGUGUGCGGGGCAGCAAUCAUGUACUGACUCAGUGAGAAAAGAAACAAUUGUGGAUGUGAUUUGUCUUCAGAGAAAGGCUGCCAACCUAGAUACUGAGUUCUCAGAGCUUCAAGUAUAAACUUGCCUCCCAAGGUCCUGUUUGCAAGUGAAGUGCAACUGGCUGCUCCAGUGCAUGAAGGAAGCUCAUGAGGGAAGGGGGGCUGCCUCUGAAGGGACAGUGGAAUAGAGAGAGAGCUGGUGGGGUGUCAGCGGACGCUCGUGCUGUGUACUUGUGUUCCACUCAGACACCGAGAUGAAGUGUUGACCCCAGAGGGGGCUGGCAUGGCUAGUGUAUUUGUAGGGUUAUAUCAGUUCAUCAGACAAUAACUUUCAAAGUUUCAGAUAACUGAUCUUUACUUCCAUUUUGACAGAGACAUUUAAAUGGAAAUUUAGUCCUAAUUUUUGUCAUUUGAAAGGAAAAACUAACAGUUCCUAUAAGGUACUUUUGAAGUGGAAUCUGACAUCCUAAUUUUUUCUCGUCAGUGGGUUUGCAGCGAGGGCCUUGUAUGCACUAAGACAAGGGUUCUACCACUAGGCCACAUUUCCCAGUAAAUACAAUGUUAACAGUUAAAACAUACACACACAAAUAUAAAUACACACACCUUAUUACCACCUUAGUAAAGUGAGAAAUGUGGGCCUUUGUUUCAGUCUCCACAAUUUCAACUGUCCUGUUUAUAACUUACUCAAUCAGUAUCACUAAGCUGUUUACUUUUAUUUACCUGUUUUGACUAAUUGCAGCUAUCUAACCAGUUGUGCAUGAGGACAACAGCCAGUAUGGUGUUUUGUUUUGUUUUUGUUUUGUGGUGCAUUUUUUGUAAAGAAUUCUGUAGAUUGAAGUGCUCUUUGAAAACAGAACUGAAAUAUAUUUAUUCUUGUUAGUAUCAAAAACCAUUUUGUGCAAAUCAUUUGCUUUUCCUGGCAGGCUGAGCACAUUGCCCAGCACUCACGAUUGCUGGUUCCCAUCUACAGUGCACAGGGGAGACAGACAGGAAGCACAUGAGGGGAGUGUCUACACAGCUGGAAUGGGGGUUGUAGGCAAGGUAUGCAGUUCUGUAUUGACUUGGAAAUCACUGUUGUUUUAAGACUGUUGAACCCAUGUGUGCUUGGCUGGGUUGUGAGUUACAUGAAGAAACUGCAAUCUAGCAUAAGCAGACAAAGCUCACAGACUAGGCACAAAUGGAAGAAAAUGGACCAAAAUAAGGCAGGGUGACAAUUAAAUCUAGGCCUUCAGAGAAAACUAAGGGUGGAAGAUGAAUUAUAAUCACCUGAAUACAAUGUAAGAGUGCAAUAAGUGUGCUUAUUCUAAGCUGUGAACUUUUUUUUAAAUCAUUCCUUUCUAAUUCCAUGUUCCAUGGCUGACUAGAACCGGUUAUGUGAACAUAUGCCUUUUUAUUCCCAUUAGCUACCAGCUUACAUGGCUAACCUUACUGUCAUAUUUAUCUUCAUUUCGUGGUAGUUUUCACCCCAGGUGUGUGUGUGCUGUACUCUUCCUCCCUUUACCUGAAAACACUUUCCCUGGGUUGUCUCCUUGGCCAUUCCACAACACAGCUUUGGUUUGGCUUUCAAUGUCACCUUAUUUGAUGGACUGUGUCCCAGUAACAGAAUAUAUGGUAUUCCCAUUGCUGGGUGUACUUUCAACCUUUGCUUCCACAGCACUUGUGUCUCCUAAGAUAAUCAGACGGCUCACGGAUCAGGGGUGGACUUCACCAUUCACCAUGGCUCUUCAAUCCUAUUAAAUAGACCACUCUUGGGCUUUAGACCAGGAAAAGGAGACAACUCUAGCAUCUACCAAGCCUCACCCUUAAAGGUCACGCGCACUUCUUGGUCUGAGGGCAAGUCUCCAGUAAGGGAGAGGGGAGAAAAGUGCUUCCUGUUUGAGCUGCAGUGAAUUACUACAGCUGCCGCACCUAUGGCAACUCAUGCAUUCCUCUUGUCUGUAACUGCCAAAGGCUGGGUUUAUCUCACUUCAGUUCCACUCAAGCAUUCAAGAGGUUCUCAUGGAGUCUGGGGAGUGGCCAGUGAAAAGAUGGGGACUUUUCAUUAUCCAUAGACCUCUCUAUGCCUGCUUUGCAAAAAUUAUAAUGGAGUAACUAUUUUUAAAGCUUAUUUUUCAAUUCAUAAAAAAAGACAUUUAUUUUCAAUCAAAUGGAUGAUGUCUCUUAUCCCUUAUCCCUCAAUGUUUGCUUGAAUUUUGUUUCUUCCCUAUACCUACUUCCUAAUUCUUUAGUUCCUUCCUGCUCAGGUCCCUUCAUUUGUACUUUGGAGUUUUUCUCAUGUAAAUUUGUAUAAUGGAAAAUAUUGUUCAGUUUGGAUAGAAAGCAUGCAGAAUUAAAUAAAAAAGAUAGCUGAAAAUCAAAUUGAAAUUUAUUUCUGUGUAAAGUUAUUUAAAAAACUCUGUAUUAUAUUUAAAAGAAAAAAGCCCCCCCAAAAAAGUGCUAUGUAAUUGAUGUGAAUAUGCGAAUACUGCUUUAAUAAAGAUUGACUGCAU